UUGCAGGCCACAACAGACACUGCAGUUUCGGUCAUUAGUCGGUUAACGAAUGCGGAAUCUGAGGUAAGCGAUGAAGCCGUUAAAUGUUGGGGAUCGAGCACGUCGGAAACCGCGCACUCUGAACGUAUGUUCAAAUUAGUUCAACAUCGACGUCGAUCUGCCAUCUCAUUGUUGACGCAAGUCAAUCAAAAGAUUGAUACGAUGCGUCAGCAUGAUGAAUUUGUGCGCCUUGAUCCCACAGUGAUGGCCUGCAUGUGGACUGCUCUGAUUGAACAGGCAAUGCAUCGCGCUGCACCAGACUCUACCGAGGCAGGACAAUCUCGACUCAGUCCGGCAGAGAUCCGUUAUCGACAAACUGCACAGGAUGAAGUGGAACGCCUCGUAUUUGAUGCAUUUCAUCGUGCAUCGCGAUUACCUUUGGGUUUUACCUUGCACUUUCCAAUCGAAAUGGAUCAGCUGAUGCUAGCCCCACCACCACCUUCUCCGCCUGUGCAAAUGCUUCGAGUCGCGUGUAAUUUGAUGGCAUCCGAACAACCGGAAGUUGCUCACGCAGCCUGCACGUAUUUGACAGACACACUCUGUCUUCUGCUUCUACGACAUCGCACAUCCCGACUGAUCGAAUUGGAUCUGGCAACCUAUGUGAAACAACGCACCGGACUCGAACCACCCAAAUCGGGUCCACCCGCACCGUCGCCCCGAGUGGAUAAUCUGUUCCUCAUGUUUGAUGAGCAUGCUCGUGUAUUGGCCACGGAUGAGGCAUUUCGAAAACAUCAUCAUAUUCCACCUUGGGAUUUGGGUUAUAUGAAAACACCUCCACCACGAGAAGGCAAUGAGAAGGGCUUCCUCAGCAGAGGCUAUUUGAGACGAUUGAUCGUAUGGGAGCAUUUCACUGGGUGCAAGGGCAGGGUGAACAGGCGCAACCCUAGACACCCACCCACUUCCGACCACACUGAGGCUUUCGGAGGCACCAGUCUGAGUGAGGCGCAGAAUUUGUGGUAA